ACCCUGCCCGCCUUCCUUUUUUCUUCAUUUCAUCAGUUUCGGUCGUUCGCUGUUGCAAUUUGUUUGUAAGGAAUGAGCAGUUGGAGAAGCUUGCUUUUGCGUCUCGGCGAGAAGUGCCCUGAGUACGCCGGAAAUGCAGACUUCAAAGAUCAAAUUGAUUCAUGCCAUAGUGUGGUUCGACGAGAAAUAGAGCAUUCUGGAGACGAUGUUUUCCCAUUCCUUCUUCAGUGUGCUGAGCAAUUGCCUCACAAGAUACCUCUGUAUGGAACACUGAUAGGCCUUUUGAAUUUGGAAAACGAGGAAUUUGUCAGGAAACUAGUGGAGAGCGCUCAAAUUAAUUUACAGGAUGCAUUGGAGAUUGGACAGUGCAACAGGAUCCGUAUAUUGAUGAGGUUUUUGACUGUUUUGAUGUGCAGCAAAGUUAUCCAACCGAGUGCAUUAGUGGUUGUUUUCGAAAGUUUAUUAUCAUCAGCUGCGACUACUGUGGACGAAGAAAAAGGAAUUCCCUCUUGGCAAGCACGUGCUGACUUCUAUAUUACUUGUAUUUUAUCGUGCCUUCCUUGGGGUGGAGCUGAACUUGUUGAGCAAGUUCCAGAGGAGAUCGAAAGGGUUAUGGUUGGCGUAGAAGCCUACUUAAGCAUUCGAAGACGUGUGUCUGACGCUGGGGUUUCUGUCUUUGAGGAUAUUGAAGAAACCAAUAAUGCUGUCAAUGAGAAGGAUUUCUUGGAGGAUUUGUGGUCUCGAGUUCAAGAUCUUUCUAAUAGAGGGUGGAAACUUGAUAGUGUUCCCAGACUGCACCUAUCUUUCGAGGCACAGCUGGUUGCUGGUAAGUCUCAUGAUUUGUCUCCAGUAAGCUGCCCUGAGCAACCAGGUCCUCCUGGAGCUUUAUCUGGAAUUGCCUUCGGCAGACAAAAGCACGAAGCUGAGUUGAAAUAUCCUCAAAGGAUAAGGAGGCUAAAUAUAUUUCCUUCAAAUAAAACUGAGGAUCUUCAACCCAUUGAUCGCUUUGUUGUGGAAGAGUAUUUGUUGGAUGUGCUUUUCUUCUUGAAUGGAUGUCGAAAGGAAUGUGCUGCGUACAUGGUUGGGCUGCCCGUACCAUUUAGAUAUGAAUAUCUUAUGGCUGAGACAAUAUUCUCUCAGCUUCUCUUGUUACCCCAACCACCAUUCAGACCAAUAUAUUACACAUUGGUUAUCAUUGAUUUAUGCAAGGCUUUGCCAGGGGCCUUUCCGGCAGUAAUAGCUGGAGCUGUCCGUGCUCUUUUUGAUAAAAUAGCAGAUCUAGAUAUGGAAUGCCGGACACGUCUUAUCCUUUGGUUCUCACAUCAUUUGUCAAACUUUCAAUUUAUCUGGCCAUGGGAAGAAUGGGCACAUGUGUUAGAUCUCCCAAAAUGGGCUCCACAACGUGUGUUUGUUCAAGAGGUUUUGGAAAGGGAAGUCCGUCUUUCAUAUUGGGACAAAAUCAAGCAGAGCAUUGAGAAUGCGCCUGCAUUGGAGGAGUUACUUCCGCCAAGAGGUGGACCACAAUUUAAAUAUAGUGCGGAAGAUGGUACUGAUCCAACUGAGCGUGCACUUUCUUUAGAACUUAAGGACAUGGUGAAAGGUAGGAAAACUGCCCGGGAAAUGAUUUCCUGGGUAGAAGAAAAUGUUUUUCCAGCCCAUGGUUUUGAUAUUACCCUCAGAGUUGUUGUUCAAACACUUCUUGACAUUGGAUCCAAAAGCUUUACUCAUUUGAUUACUGUCUUGGAGAGAUAUGGCCAAGUCAUUGCAAAGAUGUGUAAUGAUGAUGAUCAACAAGUUAAGCUGAUUACUGAAGUAAGUUCUUACUGGCAAAACAGUGCUCAAAUGACAGCUAUUGCCAUUGACCGGAUGAUGAGUUAUCGGCUUAUAUCUAAUUUGGCCAUAGUGAGAUGGGUUUUCUCUUCACCGAAUCUUGAUCAGUUUCAUGUUUCUGACAGUCCAUGGGAGAUCCUUAGGAAUGCUGUCAGUAAGACGUAUAAUCGUAUUUCUGAUCUGAGGAAAGAGAUUUCAUCCCUUGAGAGAAGUGUUGUCUUGGCAGAAGGAGCUGCAGCUAGAGCCAGAGAAGAGUUAGAAUCUGCCGAGUCUAAGCUGAGUAUGAUAGAUGGGGAACCUGUUUUGGGUGAAAACCCUGUAAGAAUAAAACGGCUGAAAUCAUAUGCUGAAAAAGCAAAAGAGGAGGAGGUAUCUGUUCGUGAAUCUUUAGAAGCAAAGGAAGCUCUUCUUGCUCGAGCAGUUGAUGAAAUUGAGGCUUUGUUUCUUUCACUGUAUAAAAGCUUCUUGACUGCUUUAGCGGAACCCCUUCAUGAUGCAUCCAGAGAUGGAACCUUGCGGCCCUCUGGUCAGGCAGAUGCAGAUGAUAUGACCAUUGACCGUGAAGAUUCUUCAGUAAUGGAGUUAGACAAGGAUGACGAAAGACCAAAGAAAAGCCAUCCUAAUGGGAGCAGAGAAAGAAAUGGCUAUAAUCUUGAUGAAAAACAGCAAUGGUGUUUAACAACUCUGGGUUACCUCAAGGCCUUCACCAGGCAAUAUGCUUCAGAGAUAUGGCAGCAUAUUGAGAAGUUGGAUGCGGAGGUACUAACUGAAGAUACUCAUCCUCUGGUUCGAAAAGCUAUAUACUGUGGCCUGCGAAGACCUUUGGAUGAAUGAUUUAUAACGUUGCCAGUUUCUUUUUAUUUUCUUCUUUUGCUUGUUCCUGAUGAGUUUUGUUGGUGUAUCAUGAGUAUUAGAUUUUGUUAUGUAGAUCAGAUGUUCAAUGUAGAAAUAGUUGGAGCAAAAACAAACAAGAGUAUUAGGAAAAAUCAUGUUUUAUUCAUACUAUUGAAUUCGUUUCGUUUAAUGAUAUGGAAACUGGUUCACCCUUA